GACACGAAACAAUUCGUAUAAUUUUAUGUUUACGUUCUAUGGAUUAUAUCGGCCACUGCCCUAAUCCAUUCGAUAAUAAAUGAUAGAUCAAAUCUCUAAACAGUAGUCGUAAUAAAAUUGGUCAAGCACGACUAGAACUCGCAGCAAUGAGAGUUCCGUCCAUUAUCCUCUAAUAGUACAGGCUGAAGUCAAAAUCAUAAGCGUUGUUUUCAGAGAGCGAUCUCUCAGAAAAACUGUUUAUUUUUCCCAAACGUCCAGUUUUCAAGUUUGUAACAGUCUCAAAAUGUUUCUUUGGGGGAAAAGUUCUCUCUCGUCAAGAAUAGUAGAACGCUAUAAGAAUUACGUCGAUACCAACCUAUACAUAUGAAAGUGAGUUUGUUUGCAACCUCUCGGUACUCCAAUAGUCGUGAAAAGCAAAAAUUUGGGAUGAAGAAGGACAUAGAUUAUAUUUUUAUACAGAUCAAGCAACAUACUCGGGUUAUGUGGAAGAAGUCGCGGAUAAAAACUACGGCACAUAUUUCGAGACUACGGCCAUCGCAAUCUCCCAUCGCUAUAUCUCUACAAAAAUGCCCUACCUGGACUUCCCUGGAUCCACUCAGGUUCAAGGGAUACUGGGAUAACUUAUCGACUGGAGUACUUGUUAAUACGGGGCAAACAGCAUAUUUUACGUUCGAUGCAUCGGCAGAGCGGCCCGUACUGAAUGGUGGGCCUUUAAUUGGACAGUAUAUAUUUGAACAAAUGCAUUUCCACUGGUCUGUAGAUGAGUAUACGGGAUGUGAACACGUAUUGGAUGGACGAGGGUAUGCAGCGGAAUGUCACUUCGUCCAUUAUAAUAGUAAAUAUCAAUCUAUGGAGGCAGCUAUGGGGUAUCCCGAUGGUCUCGCUGUGGUAGGCUUUUUCCUUGAAGAAGUAGAUGCUCCUAAUCCAAAAUUUGACAGCCUUGUUCAUGGUUUGGAGGGGAUCUCGAAGAGAGAAAAUUCAGUAGUGCUAACUGCAGAAUCGUUAUCAUGGAUGAACAGCAGUAACCUACACGAGGGUAGCUAUGUGACGUACAAAGGUUCAUUAACAACACCGCCAUACACCGAAUGUGUAACUUGGAUUAUUUAUGAAAAACCAGUACAAAUUGGCAGUCAACAGCUGAGCCUUAUGAGGAAACUGGAGGGACCUAACAGCUUGCCUAUAGAGAGAAACGUAAGGCCUACGCAGCGACAACCGCCGGGACACUCUGUAAUAUAUGUGAAACAAGUCGAACAAUCUAAGCUAUGACAUUGUAUAUUAAAAAUAAAUUGUUAUAUCUAUAUAAUCAA